AUGAUUACACCUGCUACCCCCCAAAUUUGGGCUUGGGCCAGCAUGCAACCACUUGUACUGGUCAUACAAGCUUGCCGGAGCAACGGAGACCGCAUAUUAUCCAAAAUCCGCACAUCCAAGGUCUUUGAGUUGUUAAAAUGGUUCCAAGGAAAGCAACGGUCCCUACUGCCCCCAAUCAAAAAUCCAAAUGGCGGUCUCACAGCCACGCACCCGCACCACAAAGCCAAAAAUCUAGCUAAGCAGUUCUUCCCUCCUAUUGCCAACCCCAACGUCACCCUACAACCCCUUGGCAUCAAACGGAUGCCCAAGCGGGCCUUCCAGGAGAUCACAGUUGACAAAAUUGCUAAUGCCAUCAAGAGCACAUCCAACAAGUCAUCUCCUGGAGCUUUUGGUUCAAACUACAGGGUACUUAAGUGGGCUUUCUGGUGCAACACAACCCUCUUUGCUAAACUGUUUAAUCUAUGCUUGAAUAUUGGCUAUCACCCCACCUCUCUGCAAAACUGUGUCAUUGCCCCAAUUCCUAAACCCUGUCAACAAGACAUGUCUCUACCCAAGAACUACCAGCCCAUUGCUUUACUUGAGACCCUAUCCAAACUACUGGAGAAGGUCAUCACAACACAACUUACCUUUGAAGCUGGGAAAUUUGCUCUCAUCCCCCAGAGCCAAUUUGGGGGAAGGGACAUCACAUCUUGUACUGAUGCGGGCAUCUGCAUGGUCCACAAUAUCAAGUCACACUGGAAGUCCAACCAUAGAGUCUCACUUAUCACUCUUGACGUAUCUGGAUAUUUCAACAAUGUGGACCACAACAGACUCAUAUACACCCUAGACCGCAUGGGAUACUCCAAUCAAAUCUGCAACUGGAUGAAAUCAUACCUCAGCCACAGAACCGCCCAGUUCAGAAUUGAUGGACAUCUCUGCCCAUCCAUUGCCCUCCCCACAGUGGGAAUUCCCCAGGGCUCUCCCCUAUCCCCUAUUUUGUUCUCCUUAUACUCAACUCCCUACUCAUUGCUGCUCAAGACAACCAUGCACAGUCAUUUGCAUACAUUGACGACUUCACCAUACUAG